CUUUUAGUACAUGGUCUCUCUCUCUCUCUCUGAGAUCCAAAAGUUUAUGUUUUUUCACUUCCAAUUUUCUUUCAUUCUGCUUCUUCAGUUCUCCAAUAUCAGGAAUCUUAUUCUGUUCUGAAUUCCCAAGCACUUCCCUUUAUUCUAUUCAUUCCCUUUAAUAGUGUGCUAGUGAUUAUCGCCGCAGCAGAUCCUCCAAGAUUAGAUUUUUCCGCUGAUUCUUCUCAACACCUUACAAGGAUUCUUACUCAUACGUGAUCUGUAACCUCGGUCUUUUCAGCUACAUUUCGAGACUUCCGCCAUUUUUUUUUUUUUUGGGGUUUCCUCUUCUCACUUUUUUGAUUCUAAUAUAGUGGUAUUCUAGUACAAGUUCCUGUUUUUUCAAUCGCGGGUGCUAUAUUGGUUGCCAAACUUUACUGGGCCUGUUUUCUUGUUAAACUCUGUUCAAGUUUGAAUUGAAAGUUUUCUCCUUUUCCUUUUUCUAUUAAUUUGGAUUUUCUUGUUGCGGAUUCGAUUUCCUUUUUGUAUUUUAACCGCCCCCUCGUGAUCUGGGUCGUUCUAGUGCUCGUGGGGUUAACUCUUUUUUCGGGGUUUAUUUACUAGAAGUGGGAAUUUCGGUGAUUUGGUUUUGAGUUAAGAGGAGGGGAUCAUUGGCUACACCUAUUGGCUUAAAUCAUUAAAGGGUUUUUAUGCUCAGUUGCAAAGAUGCUUCCUGAUCAGAGAAAAAAGUCAUCCGUGGAUGUAGACUUCUUUACUGAAUAUGGUGAAGGGAGCAGAUACAAAAUAGAGGAAGUAAUUGGUAAAGGAAGCUAUGGUGUUGUUUGCUCUGCAUACGAUACACACACUGGGGAAAAGGUUGCAAUAAAGAAAAUCAAUGACAUAUUUGAACAUGUUUCUGAUGCCACUCGCAUUCUUCGCGAGAUUAAGCUUCUUAGACUUUUACGUCAUCCAGAUAUUGUGGAGAUCAAGCAUAUAUUGUUACCUCCUUCUAGAAGGGAAUUCAAAGAUAUAUAUGUUGUUUUUGAACUCAUGGAAUCUGAUUUACAUCAGGUCAUCAAAGCAAAUGAUGAUCUGACUCCAGAGCAUUACCAGUUUUUCCUCUAUCAGCUUCUUCGAGGCUUGAAGUAUAUACACACAGCAAAUGUUUUUCACCGAGAUCUAAAGCCAAAAAACAUUUUAGCAAAUGCUGACUGCAAACUGAAGAUUUGUGACUUUGGUCUUGCCAGAGUGGCUUUUAAUGAUACACCCACUGCUAUAUUCUGGACAGACUAUGUUGCAACAAGGUGGUAUAGGGCUCCUGAGUUGUGUGGAUCUUUUUUCUCCAAGUAUACACCAGCUAUAGACAUUUGGAGUAUUGGCUGCAUUUUUGCAGAACUUUUAACUGGAAAACCUCUUUUCCCUGGGAAGAAUGUUGUCCAUCAACUAGACCUCAUGAGUGAUCUUCUUGGAACACCGUCUCCUGAAGCCGUUGCGAGGGUACGAAAUGAGAAAGCUCGGAGAUACUUGAGCAGCAUGCGUAAGAAGAAGCCAGUUCCUUUGUCCCAGAAGUUUCCCAAUGCAGACCCCCUUGCUCUUCGUUUGUUAGAAAGAAUGCUAGCGUUUGAACCUAAGGAUCGGCCUACUGCUGAAGAGGCUCUAGCGGAUCCAUAUUUUAAAGGCUUGGCCAAGGUUGAGAGGGAACCUUCUGCUCAGCCAGUUACCAAGAUGGAAUUUGAAUUUGAGAGACGUAGGAUAACAAAGGAAGAUGUACGAGAGCUUAUAUACCGAGAGAUUCUGGAGUAUCAUCCAAAAAUGUUAAAGGAAUUUCUAGAGGGAGAAGAGCCAACAGGUUUCAUGUAUCCAAGUGCUGUGGACCACUUCAAGAAGCAAUUUGCAUAUCUUGAGGAGCAUUACGGUAAAGGGGGAACUGUCACCCCACCUGAGAGGCAACAUGCAUCUUUACCCAGGGCAUGUGUGUUGUAUUCAGAUAACUCAAUACAGAAUACAUCUGAGGUUGCGGAUGAUCUAUCCAAGUGUUGCAUCAAAGAAGUUCAGAAACCACCCAUAGAUAGGAGUAGUGCUAUCCCUAUGACUCAGCUUCCUUUACAAGCUCCUCAAAAUAUUCAAGGUGUCGCUGCAAGGCCCGGAAAAGUUGUUGGUCCAGUAAUGCGUUACAACAACUGUGGGGUGGCGGUUACCGCAGAGGCCGAACAGCGGAAGAUGGUUAGGAAUCAAUCUGUUUCGGCUCAGUAUGCUGCAUCAAGCUGUUCAUAUCCUAGGAGAAACCCAAGCUAUAAAAAUGAGAGGUCAGAAGAUGAUGGGAUUGAAGGUUCUAAUGGAGUGCAGCCAAAGCCUCAAUACAUGGCAAGAAAAGUUGCUGCUGCUGCUCAAGGUGGAGCUGGUGGUCAGUGGUAUUGAUAUUGGAUAUGAUGAAUAUAUGUGGCCAACAACUACCUUGUGCCAUGAAGCUCUUAUACAUGGGUUUCAUCUCCUACACAUUAUCUUGAUCAUCUUGAAGUGGCAUAACCUUGACUACUCUCAAAUAGCGGAAGAACUUGACUCAGUCUAAAGUUGAAGUUUCUAACGGAUUAUUUGUUAAAUCUUGCAAUUUGAAGUUUGGAAGGGUUCGCAUGGACACCAGUUGAUGAAUUUCUUGCACUCUAAUUUGUUAAUAACAGAGAACAUGAUAUAUCUGAAAAGCCAUGAACUGAAACGCAGAUUGGUAUCUUCAUUGCUGAACAGAAGUUGUUACUCUUGCCCUAGUAUAUAUGGGCACCAUUACAAUGAUAUUGUAUUUUUCUUAAAAACCUCAUUGUAGUCAAAAUGAUUGUCCCUUAUAUCUUUCUCUCAUUGCUAUAAGUAACUUAAUUUAGUGUUGAAAAACAACCAAGUUAGUGCCAAAAGAA